AAAAAAGUGGGGAGAAAAGCCAGAAUCUGUACCCAUUAAUGUAACCUAUUAGUGUAUUGGUGUACGUCUUUCCAGACGAUUUCUUGUUUGGGGGUUUGUUUUUUUUUAAGCAUGUGACAAGAAAAAAAAAAAAGCAUUACAACAUUUUUUACUGUGUCUGUCCUGCUUGCCCCCAGGCUUUGGGAGUGGAGUUGCUGGAGUUCUCAGACACAUAUCAGGCCCGCUCCAACAUUUGGUAUACUAGGAACCCUGGUUGAUUUUCUCUGUACCCUAUUGCUGGACAUUUAGGGCUUUUUCCAGUAUUUUUGCAGUUAGCUCACAGCGCUAAGUAGUCCGUAAGUUAAGUCUUUGUACACACUGGGGAUUAUUUUCUGUAGGGUUUGUGGCACUGCAGACUGGAUGCAGGUUUGUGGUUGGGCCGUGUCUGCAGGCGUGGAGGUCCUGGGCGCCCCACUCCCCCGGUUAACUGCUUUGCGGUCAGAGGAUGCGACGGGGAGGGGCUCCCACCAGAGGGCUUUGCCAGAAAAGGGGUUAAGAUGCCGCCGUCCAGGCUGGUACUGGAAGCCUUUAAGCUCCUUUGCGGGAGUUGGGUGGAGGUGGAGGCGAAGGAGAAGGUGGCUGCUGCUCCAGGCUAGUACAUGACGGUGGAGCCUGCAGCCCUGCAGCCUCCUGUGCUUCCGCAGAGGGGCCUGGGGGCGUCUCUGCCCUGCUCAGGGUUCAGGCUGAGAGUGCAUCCACCCCUCCCAGUCGGGAGCAGGGCUGAGGCUGAUUCUGUGUUACUGGCUCUGAGACUCCCUGGGGGCAGGGUGGGGGGCAUUCCUCAUCUGUAGGAAGGGGCUGAACAUGUCGCCUUCACCAAGUGAGACUCAAAUGAGACAACAGACGCCAGAGCUCUUACAGUGACAGUGUUUCAACAUUCCAUUAUGGAAAAAUUAAACACCCACAAAGGAAGACAGAAUAGCAUGUCCACCCCCAUAUACUCACCCCUAGAUGCCACGGUUUCCAGCUCUUGGCUAACCUGGAGUCAUCUGUCCUCCUACACACUUCCCUCCUUCAGACCUCAUAUCACUUCAUCUGUAAAAAUUGUAGUACAGGCAUACGUCGUUUUAUUGUGCUUCGCAGGUAUCGUGUUUCUUUUUUAUUAUAAAUUGGAGGCUUGUGGCCACCUUGCCCUGUCAGAUGAUCUUUAGCAUUUUUUAGCAAUAAAGUCUUUUAAAAUUAAGAUAUGUACAUUGUUUAGACAUAAUGGUAUUGCACACUUAACAGACUACAGUACAGUGUCAACAUAACAUUUAUAUGCAUUAGGAAACCAAAAAAAUUCGUGUGACUCACUUUAUUGCAAUAUUUGCUUUAUUGCAGUGAUCUGGAACUGAACCUGCAAUACCGAGGAACUAUUCCUAAAGGAGAAGGAGUAGAAAAACAAAACAAAACAAAAAAACCCCAGAGUAUUAUUACCACACCUAAAACUUAGCAAUAUUCUUUAAGAUCAUAGCUAUCCAUGCAGUGUAUUGUGUUCAAAUUUCCAAUUGUUUCGUAAAUGUCAAAAAUAUAUAUAUAUUAUUUUAGUUUUUUAAAAUCAGCGUCCAAAUGAGGUCUAUGUAAUGAGAUUGGUUGAUAUAUUUCUCAAGUCUUCUUUCAUCUGUAUGAUUGAUAUUCAUUCACUCUCUCUCGUGCCAUGUUUUUUUUUUUGCUUCCUAUAAUGCUUAAUGUGUUUUUUAUCCACCGCACCUCCUAUAGAUUGGUAGUUGUAUCUGGAGCCUUGAUCUAAUUUAGUUUUGACUUUUUUUCCACACAAGAGCACAUUGGAAAUGGGGUUGCAAACUUCUACUGGGAGGCUCGCAUUGUCUGGUUCAAUCUCUUUUUGUGAUCUUCAGUGGCUUUAAGGUAGUAGUUUUUUGUUUUUUUUUUAAUUUAUUUUCUUUAUUUUUUUGUCUGCGUCGGAUUUUUAGUUGCGGCACGCAGGAUGUUUCCGUUGCGGCACGGGCUCUUCGUUGUGGCCUGCGGGCUUCUCUCUAGUUGUGGCAUGCGGGUUUUCUCUCUCUAGUUGUGGCAUGCUGGCUUAGUUGCCCCCCGGCAUGUGGAAUCUUAGUUCCCUGACCAGGGAUCGAACCUGUAUCCCCUGCACUGGAAGGCGGAUUCUUUACCACUGGAUCACCAGGGAAGUCCCUAAGGUAGUAAUAUUUUAAAUUAUCAUAAAAACUUUCCAUUUUCACUUGGUUACAGGUGGUGCUGAGUUUGGCAUUGGGUGGAGACCUUCCAGUCUCAGGCCAUUGUUUUUCCUUAUUCCUGCUUUUUCUUCAUAGUAGUUGCUUUUCCCUGUUAUCUUUUAAUUACAUGGGAGGUAUAUUUUCAUUAGAGAAAAUUGGAAAACAGGCAUAAACAAGAAAAUAUGCAAUUAAAACUGUGCUAAAUUUUAUCACCUAGCGAUAACUCCUAAGAUUUGGAGUAUAUUUUUCCGGAUUUUCCUCUGUGUUAAAAAAUAUACGUAAAUCUGUGAUAUUGUUGAAUGAAAGGUCUGUUUUCACCUCGUGGCACCUCCAUAACCUCCUUCCCAGGAUCUGUAGGGAGGGUCAUGGUCUUCCUCCCCGUCCAUCAGUAGUUCACACCAGACGGGGUGUGGGGAAGACAGGCGGCCGCUGGUGUAGCCCAGCUGCCAAGUUUUUCAAAGGAAAUAAGGACUUUUGGUUGGCAGGGCAGUUGCUUUCACAUCUGUUCUUUUAGGAUUCUCUGCAGUUACUCAACACACUGUGACCUGGGCUGCCCCUUUCCUUCUCCAAAGCCCUGUCGCCGAGGCCUGGCAGAGGCUGGGGCCAUGGGGGUCAUGGGAGCCAGCCCCCUGCCCUCUGGCAGGCUGUACCACCAACAUGAUGCAGGGUGGUUCAUUUUUCCUUGUCUGGCAUUCUAACUGAGACAAGCAGCAGCUAUUUAGAUUGCUGCAUAGGAGGGGCAGUGGCUAACGGAGCUGAGUUUGGUUGCAAAGGUGCUGUUUACUUAUUAACACAUGUCUGUUUUUGGAGUGGCUUUGUAUCUCACCCCUUAGGACCACCACUGAUUAGGAGUGAAGGCCUUUGUUCCAUCCUAUAACUUGUAACUGGUUGCAUGACCUCAGUCGGCCCCUUCUCUGGACUGAAGGAGGGAGCCAGAGCAUCUCCAUAUGUUCCCAGCCUGGGGAAGGAAGGGAUCCUAGCACAUCCCUGAGUUUGCAGUCGACUGGGAAGAGAUGGUGGCAGAGGGGCCAGAGGUUUAUCCCAGGAGAUUGGAUAUAGUUCCCUGUGCUAUACGAGCUGAGGACCCUGCGUGUCUGUUCAUUUGGGCCUGGAGGCAAAAGCAGAUGCGGGCUCUGCAGUGAGCGAGGCCUGGCGGCUGGAGCAGUGCAGGCCCCGUGUGUCCAUGGAGCUGCUGGCUGAGGGGACUCCUGCCCAGCUCCGCCUGCCUGGCUCGGAGAAACCAGAGGCCUAGGCGCACAGGGGUGGGUGUCGGCAGACAGAUGCUCCCCAGGCUGCAGGGUUUCCUGCGUGGACUGCUGGGCGGGUGUGCCAGAGGUGGAGGAUGCCGGCCAAGGGGCGCUACUUCCUCAACGAGGGCGAGGAGGGCCCCAACCACGACACGCUCUACGAGAAGUACCGCCUCACCAGCCAGCAUGGGCCGCUGCUACUCACACUCCUGUUGGUGGCCAUCACUGCCUGCGCCGUCCUCAUCAUCAUCGCCUUCAGCUACGGGGACCCCUCCAGACACCAGGCUGUCCUGGGGACGGCGUUCUUCACGCUUGCUGUGUUUGUGGCUCUCUACGCGCUCGUGUAUGUUGAGUGCCUCGUCCGCCGGUGGCUCAGGGCCUCGGCGCUACUCAUCUGGGCCUGCCUUGUGACGCUGGGCUACGUGCUGGUGUUUGACUCAUGGAUGAAGGAGGCCUGUGACUGGGAGCAGGUGCCCUUCUUCCUGUUCGUGGUCUUCGUGGUGUACACACUGCUGCCCUUCAGCACGCGGGGUGCCGUCGUGGCCGGGGUCGUCUCCAGCACCUCCCACCUCCUGGUGCUCGGCGCUCUGAUGGGGGCCUUCACCACGCCCAGCGUCCGGGUAGGGCUGCAGCUGCUGGCCAACGCUGUGGUCUUCCUGUGCGGGAACCUCACGGGCGCCUUCCACAAGCACCAGAUGCAGGAUGCCUCCCGAGACCUCUUCACCUACACUGUGAAGUGCAUUCAGAUCCGCCGUAAGCUGCGCAUCGAGAAGCGCCAGCAGGAGAACCUGCUGCUGUCCGUGCUGCCUGCCCACAUCUCCAUGGGCAUGAAGCUGGCCAUCAUCGAGCGGCUCAAGGAGCGCGGGGACCGCCGCUACCUGCCUGACAACAACUUCCACAGCCUCUAUGUCAAGCGGCACCAGAACGUCAGCAUCCUCUAUGCUGACAUCGUGGGCUUCACGCAGCUGGCCAGCGACUGCUCCCCAAAAGAGCUGGUGGUGGUGCUGAACGAGCUCUUCGGAAAGUUCGACCAGAUCGCCAAGGCCAAUGAAUGCAUGCGGAUCAAGAUCCUGGGCGACUGCUACUAUUGCGUGUCAGGCUUGCCCGUGUCCCUGCCCAGCCACGCCCGCAACUGUGUGAAGAUGGGGCUGGACAUGUGUGAGGCCAUUAAGCAGGUGCGGGAGGCCACAGGCGUGGACAUCAGCAUGCGUGUGGGCAUACACUCGGGGAAUGUGCUGUGUGGCGUCAUCGGGCUGCGCAAGUGGCAGUAUGAUGUGUGGUCCCAUGACGUGUCCCUGGCCAACAGGAUGGAGGCAGCUGGAGUCCCUGGCCGGGUGCACAUCACAGAGGCGACGCUGAACCACCUGGACAAGGCGUAUGAGGUGGAGGACGGGCACGGGCAGCAGCGGGACCCCUACCUGAAGGAGAUGAACAUCCGCACCUACCUGGUCAUCGACCCCCGGAGCCAGCAGCCGCCCCCGCCCAGCCUACACCUCACCAAGUCCAAGGGGGACGCGACCCUGAAGAUGCGGGCCUCCGUGCGCAUGACCCGCUACCUCGAGUCCUGGGGGGCGGCGCGGCCCUUCGCACACCUCAACCAACGCGAGAACGUGAGCAGCAACGAGACCCCUGUGCCCCACGGGCGGAGGCCCAAGGCCAUUCCCCUACGGCGCCACUGGACCCCUGACAGAAGUGCGUCCCCCAAGGGGCGGUCAGAGGAUGACUCAUACGAUGAUGAGAUGCUGUCAGCCAUCGAGGGCCUCAGCUCCACGAGACCCUGCUGCUCCAAGUCUGAUGACUUCUACACCUUUGGGUCCAUCUUCCUGGAGAAGGGCUUCGAGCGAGAGUACCGCCUGGCACCCAUCCCGCGGGCCCGCUACUACUUCGCUUGUGCCAGCCUUGUGUUCAUCUGCAUCCUGCUCGUCCAUGCCCUGCUGAUGCCCAGGAUGGCGGCUCUGGGUGUGUCCUUUGGGCUGGUAGCCUGCGUGCUCGGGCUGGUACUAGGCUUGUGCUUUGCCCGUGAGCUCUUGAGGUGCUGCCCAGCCCGGGGCACGCUCCGAGCCAUCUCCGAGAGGGUGGAGACGCAGCCCCUGCUGCGGGUGUCCCUGGCCGUCCUGACCAUCGGCAGCCUGCUCGCCGUCGCCGUCGUCAACCUGCCGCUGAUGCCUUUCCCGGCCCCAGGGCUGCCUGCUGGGAACGAGACGGGCCCGGGGGCCGUGGGCAGCUGGGAGAGGACCCUGUGCAAGCUCCUCCCGUAUUACACCUGCAGCUGCAUCCUGGCCUUCAUCGCCUGCUCUGUCUUCCUGCGGAUGAGCUUGGAGCUGAAGGUCGUGCUGUUGACAGUGGCCUUGGUGGCCUACCUGGUGCUCUUCAACAUCUCCCCGUGCUGGCAGUGGGACUGCUGUGGCUACAGCCUGGGCAACCUCACCAAGACCAAUGGCACCCUCAGCUCCCCGUCCUGUUCAUGGGAUCUGAAGACAAUGAUCAAUUUCUACCUGGUCCUGUUUUACACCACCCUCAUCAUGCUCUCCAGACAGAUUGACUAUUACUGCCGCUUGGACUGUCUGUGGAAGAAGAAGUUCAAGAAGGAACACGAGGAGUUUGAAACCAUGGAGAAUGUGAACCGCCUUCUUCUAGAGAAUGUCCUGCCAGCCCAUGUGGCCGCCCACUUCAUUGGUGACAAGUUAAAUGAGGACUGGUACCAUCAGUCCUAUGACUGCGUGUGUGUCAUGUUUGCAUCCGUGCCGGACUUCAAAGUAUUCUACACGGAGUGCGACGUCAACAAGGAAGGGCUGGAGUGCCUGCGCCUGUUGAACGAGAUCAUAGCUGACUUUGAUGAGCUGCUGUUAAAGCCCAAGUUCAGUGGUGUGGAGAAGAUCAAGACCAUCGGCAGCACGUACAUGGCAGCUGCAGGGCUCAGCAUCCCCUCAGGGAACGAGAACCAGGACCUGGAGCGGCAGCACGCCCACAUCGGCAUCAUGGUGGAGUUCAGCACCGCCCUGAUGAGCAAGCUAGAUGGCAUCAACCGGCACUCCUUCAACUCCUUCCGCCUCCGAGUUGGCAUAAACCAUGGGCCCGUGAUUGCUGGAGUGAUUGGGGCACGAAAACCUCAGUACGACAUCUGGGGAAACACGGUCAAUGUUGCCAGUCGAAUGGAGAGCACUGGGGAACUUGGGAAAAUCCAGGUUACUGAAGAGACAUGUACCAUCCUCCAGGGACUAGGUUAUUCUUGUGAAUGCCGUGGACUGAUUAACGUCAAAGGCAAAGGCGAACUGCGGACUUACUUUGUCUGUACGGAUACUGCCAAGUUUCAAGGGUUGGGGCUGAACGGAGGGCUUUAGGUAGGUGCAGAACGUGCUGGAAGCCGAUUUCCUUCCCUGAAGCAAGCCGGGGGGAAGGCUCAGCCCCACGGCGGUCACAAAGGCAGUCCAAGGGUUUGGCCAUUACCACCCCCAGCAGGUGGUUGUGCAUGGCUUCCUUGAACUGGCACUAGAGGAUUUCUCAGCUUGAGGCGACCACCAAGCCUUACACACAGGCAGCCAGAGCCUCUGUGCUGUCGGAGUCUGCAGCUCGGCCUCCAGCACAGCAGGGAACGGCUCAUUUGUGAGUUUUAGACCCUCAUCCCCCCGGGUGCUGUGGAUGAGACCUCAGAGCGUGACCUGGAGACCCCUGCCCACCCCUGCUCCCCCUUGGCCUGUGAGCUGCACAGGCGAGACUCGUCUUUCUUUUCUUGUCCAGGAUGGGUGGAGACUCCUUUCUCCCCAGCAGAACAGCUACAAGAGUCCACGUUUCUCAUACAGGCAUUCUGGUAAAGAGUUGAAAGGGUGCUUGUUUUAAAUCUAUAAAUGGUUUCAAGCAAUUGGGAGAAAACCCCACAGUGGACACUUCUUAUUUCUUGUCAUCUUUGGUAUGUGUCUGUUUUAAAUGGAUACAUUGUUAAUGGAGGUAUUUCUUAUCCUUUAAAUGACUUCUGAGAUGCUAGACAAAUUAUCUUCUCUGCAGCGUAGUCUCUGCCUUUGUAACCACUGACACGUAAGUGGGACCACUGUCCAGUGUGAGCAUAUGAGAUCAGCUCAGCUGUGGGAUGGAGCUCAGAGGAAUGCGGCUCAUAGCAGGAAGGCAAGGAGUGUCACAGCCUUGGCUUUGAAUCAAACAACUUUGAAGCCAGAAUUUUGAGAUUAGGUUUAAUAUGAGAAAAGCCUAGAAAAUAAGGUAUAAGCUCUUAGCCCUUCCUUGGCUCCUCAUGCAUUUUUGAGCACCCGCUGCAACCUUCAACUCUGUCUUAGCUUUAUACUGGAAAGGAAUGGAGUCUGUGUGGAGAGAAGCUGGACAGCCUGUAGUGCUUUCCUUUCCUUCAGUCCUCAUAGCUAGCUCUGAAGAGCUUCAAAACUAAGAGCAUCUACUCAGCAUCAGCACCUGUAGAGCUUCCUGUAUCUGGGAGGCCAGCCCUCUCACAGGUGCUCCGAUGUCCUUGUUCUCAACUCAAUGAAUCAAGGCAAGGGAAAACGCCAGGUCUGUGAGGUGGUGUCUUACAGCACUUUAGCUCUAAAAGAAUGGAAAGAAGUCUACCUAUGUUGUUUCAAGGUGAGAAAUAAUAAUAACCAAACUGCCCGUUCCUUUUUCUGAACUGAUGUCAUUGCCUCAUAACCACAGUAUCCCUGGGGUUUCUGAUAAAUACAACUGAAUUUCACUAUCUAGCAGGAAUUCUUAGCCAGAAGUCAUCCAUGAACUCCUCUGAAAUUAUGCAGAAAAUCUUGCAUACGUGAGGCUUCAAAAGAUGACACAACGUUGCAGACAGGUGACUAAGCAGCCAGGUCUGCCUGGGAUGGAGGGCUGUGGGGUGCGCUGGCACCCCAGCCACGGGCAGGGAGGGGACUGAAGCCCAAGCUGCUGCCUGCUGGUGCUGUGUCUUGUUGGGGGCUGGGUGGGCUAGUGGCAGCUCUGAUGCUCUGCAUGAAACUGGAAUAGGUAGGAAUCAAUCACAAGAACUUGCUGGCCUAAAGGAAUUUCAUUGUGAAAACGCUGGUAAGGGAAAUAAGCCGUACUUAAAUUGCCUUUUUUACACACCAAUUCUUCAUCUAAGUACUAUGCUGAAAUCUAUACCCUUAAAAUCAGGAGUGACCAGGGCUGCUCAAUAGGGCUCUCCUGGGAAGUCAGGAAGGUUCUGUCACGGAUAUGCUGUAGACACACAUCAGUGUGCUGGGCCUCUCUGAGGUGGGCAUACUUCUGCUCUUGCAAUAUGCAAAUUACUUUCUUCCUCUGGCAAAGAAAUCCCAGUUGGGAGUUUUAAAAAAUAAUUGGUUACCAUUUGUGUAUUUUUCUUUCACUGUGCUCAGAUAAGAAUAUUGUUUUGAGGUUUUUUGUUUUGUUUUGUUUUUGCGGUACGCGGGCCUCUCACUGUUGUGGCCUCUCCCGUUGCGGAGCACAGUCUCCGGACGCGCAGGCUCAGCGGCCAUGGCUCACGGGCCCAGCCGCUCUGUGGCAUGUGGGAUCCUCCCAGACUGGGGCACGAAGCCGCGUCCCCUGCAUCGGCAGGCGGACUCUCAACCACUGCGCCACCAGAGAAGUCCCUAAGUUUUGAGUUUUUGAUGAUCAGAUCAUAGUGUAUAACUGACCAUAAAAAUCACUUAUUUUUCAAAAAUUUGUUUUCCAAUUACCAAGUCAUUUCUUCACAGGUGUCAUUUUGCUUUAUGACAAGUAUCUUUCUUAACACUGACCUUCUCUCUAUGGGUCAGGGACCUGCUUCAGAUUUCUACUGAGGUGGCCUCACUCAUGCUAGUGAAAAUCACACCUGAAGUUUUCUGGUUUACUUAUUAAGAACAUUUCCUAACAGACAAGAUCAUUAACCACUGUAUACAUUGUGUAUAUGUACAGAAAUAUGCUUUGAGAAAGUACAUGCAAAUGACUAGGGGUUAUUCUAUAUACUGAAUAUUUAUAGACCUGUAACAUUUGUUUCAAAAUGUUAUAAUUUCAUUUUUAUAAAGCACCAGUGUUUCUCCUUUGUUUAGCUUUUCAUAGAUUAAAUUAGCAAUUUGGAAAA